AUCGUCAUCUCUCCAUUUCCUCAAUUAUCUCUCUAUAUCUCUCAUUUUAUUUAUUCCAUCAGAUCUAACUUCUAAACUCAGCCAACUUCUGUACUAUUUUAUUUUCAUCAAACACUUUAAAUUCUUGAUGAACAUGCAUGAAAUCAUCACUCAAUUAAGAAACUGAACAAAACAAACCUAUCUUUUUUCUCCUCCUCUUUUUGCUUCCAUGAAUUCUCCAAAUAAAGAAGAGAAUCACAGCCCCAGCAACCGGAAAACAUCAUCAUCAGCAACAAAACCACAGCAAGAACAGUCUCUAAAGUGCCCGAGAUGCGACUCACCGAACACGAAAUUCUGUUACUACAAUAACUACAGCCUAACUCAGCCGAGACAUUUUUGCAAGACAUGUAGACGUUACUGGACUAAAGGAGGAGCUUUACGCAACGUUCCGAUAGGCGGCGGUUGUCGGAAAAACAAGAAGAUGAAGUCUUGUUCAAGACUUUCAGGAGCUGACUCAAAAGACUCCAGCGGCUCUUCAGAGAUCGGUGGGUUCAAAUUCUUUCAUGGUAUAUCUCCUGCCAUGGAUUUUAAUCUCGGUGGUUUAUCAUCAUUUCCCAGACUAAACCCUUCUCCGGCGGGACUUUACAAUCAAUUCUCUUCGUUUCCGGACAUUUCUGCAACUUCUGGAGCUGCUACUAACCCUUGUUUUAAUCUUGAUCCAUCGGGAAGCUCCCCGGUUGGUUCUUUGAUGGGAUUUAGUUAUAACCCCAGUGGAUUCACCGGUGCAAUUCAAGAUCAUAUGGGAAAUAAUAGCGGCUGCGGUGGCGGAGGAGGUGGCGGUGGUGGUGGUUCAAUGAAUGUUCAUACUAAUCUUGCAUCUUCUAUUGAAUCUUUAAGCUCUAUAAAUCAAGAUUUGCACUGGAAAUUACAGCAGCAACGAUUAGCUAUGCUGUUCGGAGAUUCUGAUCAUAAAGAUCACAGUGUUUCUUCUGAUCAAAAUCCAACACAGAUUAAACCACAGCCUAUUUUGUUUCAAAAUCUUGAAAUUUCUAAACAAGAAGUAAGCGGUGGUGUUGGUAAUAAUAAUAAUUCAAGAAAAGAUGGCGACCCGGCAACUGAAUGGUUCUUCGGAAACGCUUACGGAUCACAAGUCAAUCCAACUCCGACGAACAGUAACAGCAAUGGGAAUGAUAAUACAGCCGGAGGUAGCAACUGGAAUGGAGUUCGAGCGUGGGGUGAUUUGCAUCAAUACAACGGUUUGCCCUAAAAUCAAGAACAUUAUCAUUUUAUAAAGAACUGAGAAUAUUAUCUGAAACCUAAAUUUAGGUAUUUGGUUGUCCUUCAUAUUAUUUACUUAGAGUAAUCUGGGGCAAGAUGAUGAACUUGUGAAAGAUUAACAAAGAAAAAAAAAGUAUUUUUUUGUUUUUGUAUUUUUUAAAUUUAGUGAGUUCGAUGUUGAACAAUUUAAUUAGUUCUUAUUAUCGAUAUAAUCUUACUCA